AGUUGCAAGAUGGCCUUCGUCAUGUCCGCCCUCACCACGGCGAUGCCCACCGUCGGCGUCCGCGGCAACGUUCGCGUCGCCCCCAAGGCGCCCGCCCAGGCCGUGUCCCUGGUCGGGUCCAUGAAUGGCUCCGUUUCUCUGGGCCGCGAGGGUGAGUGUCCGGAAGCGCUGAUUUCCCCGCCCGGAACGGCGCGGUGGCGGCGAACACGCGCGUCUUGACGCGCCUAACGAGCGCGUCACGCGCUUCGAUGCGGCGUGCGGAAUCGGUCGCGUCGUCGUUUGGCGCGUCCAAGCCGUCGCCCUCGCGCGGCGCCCGCCUUCACCGCGCCUUUCCGGUGGCUUUUUUUCAGGGUUUCAGGGUUUUGGGGUUCGCCACGCUUUUUCAAGUGGCUAAGGCUCGGCCCGAUGGGACGCGCGUCGGAGCGGGGAGCGGGGAAGAAUCCCCGCGACGCGCCUCGCGCGCGUGCAGUCGACCGCCCGAUGGAUUUCGAACCCUGGAAUCCCGACUUUCCGAACCGCGCGCGGCCUCGCUCGACCCGUCGAUUCGACCCGUCAGCGACGUCGCCACGCCCCCAUCCUUUAUCCAUUUUCUUUCUUUCUGGACCAAGCCCGCGACCCGUGAACUGACGUCGCAUCGCCCCGAUCCGUCCCAUCGCAGGUGUCGAGUCCGCGUCUUUCGGCGUGGAGGCGGGUGGCAAGUGGUUCAUGAUCAGCCACGGGAACAAGGUCGCGCGCCUGCACCGCCCCGCCGACCAGCGCAAGGCGCUCCUCCGCAACCUCACCACCGACCUCCUCCGCUACGGCCGCAUCACCACCACCAUGGCCAGGGCCAAGGCCAUGCGCAAGCCCGUGGAGCACAUGAUCCAGCUCGGCAAGGAUGGCGGCGACCACAAGAAGCGCCAGGCCGAGGCGUACGUCUACGACAAGGAGCUCGUCGCGGCGCUCUUUGAGCAGGCACCCGCUCGCUACGCCGACCGCACCGGUGGUUACACCCGCAUCGUCAGGACGCUCCGCAGACGCGGGGACAACGCCGAGAUGGCUAUCAUCGAGCUGGUUUAAACGCCGCGCUCUCGCUGCCGCUUUAUUCUUGGUUAUUAGUCUUGGUGGGUGUCGUCGUGGGCAGUCGGAGUGCGCUGGCAAGUGCUUUCGGCUUCACGGCGUGAAACGGAGUUGUGUACAUUCACGCGCAGAGCGCCGCGCGCAUAUUCGUUCUAGCACUGCGUAGGUUUCAAUUAUCAUAAAGCCUUUCGC